AGUACGUAGAAGUAAGUAGUACUGUUAUUUUGACAACUUAAUGCUAUAUAAUUUAAAUAUACCUCUUAAAUGUUGAAAAAUUUUCCUGUGAGCUCUUUCUACAACUUUCAUACUUUACAAAUCAAAGCUUCUUAUUGAUCAUGAUCAUUCAGAACCAAUGAAAAGUCCCGUUAUAAUUAAUUACAGCAGCUAAACGUUUGUACGGCACAUCAUUAGAGUACAAAAUACAUAGAUUUUUUUUCUUGGCCAUUACAGUAUAAUGUAUAUAUAGAGAGAUUUUAAUCAGAGAAUUUUUACAAAUAUUCUCUAUUGUUGUAUAAUUUUUUUAGAUAUGCCAUUUCCCAAGAAAUGUAGCAUUAAAACCCAUGCAACAAUUUGCAAGGACUCUGAACAAGGGACCCUUUUUAGAGUUAGGAAAAAAAGUGAGAAGUGAGCUUAUUGAAAAAUUAAAGCAAGAGGGGGAACUUAGCCCCAAAGGAACCUACAUCUGUGAAAGAUGUAUUAAGCAUGCUGAGGCAAGAAUUGUCCCUAAAAGAAAAAAAAACACCAUUGUUGCAGAGAUGGUACAAAAUAUUGAGAAUGGUGUCAUCGAAGAAGAUGAAUUGGAGAUGAUUAUGUGUGCAAUUGGAAGAAGAGAAUCUUUAAAAGUUUUUGAUGACAGUUUAGUUGCCGGUUCAAUUUAUAAAAAAGAUGACAUGUUAAAACAUUUUGAUCCAGCUCGCUACAUGUCUGAGAGGAAUGGUCCUCUUCUUGCCUUUUUUAAAGGCUUGAUGCAGGAGGGGGAUUUUUAUCAGAAGGAAAAAGCAGUAGUAAUUAGCAGUGCAGUGGACAGCGUUUACUACCUGGUAAACACCAAAUUCGUUGCUCCACUUGCAUUUGCUAAAUCCCUUCUUAUAUACACUAAGACAGGAAGCAAAGAAGGAGUAAAUGUUGCUAGUGCUGCAUCACCAAGCGGAAGUUAUACAUCUAUACUAAACUGGCUAAAAGCCAACAGCCAAGAGAAAAUAAAGAUCCCCGAUAAUUCGGAUGUUAUAUCUUUUUUUGAUAACAACCAGGUGAUUGGUAGAAAAUGGCGGGUCAAGAACGAUUUCAAGGCGGAGUCAUCCGUUAUCACUUCUGUGGCUCAUAUGCAGCCCAGAAGUGAUAUUCAGAGAAACAUAGAGCUUGCGCCUUCAAAGUGGCAGAGUUUCCAUGUACAGGCGAAGAAGGACUCUCUUGAAAAGUUGAAAGCGCAAGAAAUAUUAUUUGAAAAAGAGUUCAGUAAAUUAAGGUAA